ACACACACACACACACACGGGCCGUUGUGCUGGGAGAUGUGUGGUGUGUGAUGUGUGCGGUUCCUCUCAGUGAAGUUUCAUUGGAAAGUGGAGAUCACAUUUAAACAGGAGACAAGAAGAAGCUGCUUUUCCAAUGAGGACAGAGUGAAGAGUGAAAAGUGAAGAGUGAACACCGUAAAGUUUCUGCAAAUGGAGCAGCCGUCGUACGGUGAGGUGAACCAGCUGGGCGGUGUGUUUGUGAACGGGCGGCCGCUUCCCAACGCCAUCCGCGUGCGCAUCGUGGAGCUCGCGCAGCUCGGGAUUCGCCCGUGCGACAUCAGCCGCCAGCUGCGCGUCUCUCACGGCUGCGUGAGUAAAAUCCUGGCGCGCUACCACGAGACGGGCUCCGUGCUGCCGGGCGCCAUCGGCGGCAGCAAACCGCGCGUGACCACACCCAACGUGGUGAAAAGCAUACGGGAGUAUAAGCACGCGGACCCGGGCAUGUUCGCGUGGGAGAUUCGGGACCGGCUGCUGGCCGACGGUGUGUGCGACAAGUACAACGUGCCGUCGGUGAGCUCCAUCAGUCGCAUUCUGAGGAAUAAGAUCGGGAACCUGUCGCAGCCCGGACAGCACGAGAGCGGCGUCAGCGGCAUGAAACCUCCCGCCCCGGCGAUUCCUUACAGCCCGGUGUGUGCCUACUCCUACCCCAACACCCUCUCACCCACCGGCGCGAAGCUCAGCGGGGCCCCCAGGGUCGGGGUCGGUCUGUCCCGGGCCUGGCCUUCCGUGCACACCGUCAGCAACAUCUUAGGGAUUCGAGCUUUCAUGGACCCCUCAGCCAUCACUGGACCGGAUGGAUAUCAGCAAAAAAUGGAGGAGUGGCCAUGUGUGAACAGAAGUUCAUUUCCCUCGCAUGCGGUGAAUGGCAUUGACAGAUCACCUAUAGACACGGAUAUUAAAUACAAUCAGUCUCCGUCGAGUCUUAGUGGAUAUAUGCCCCCCUGCCCCUAUUCUUCCCCCAGUCAAUGCGGGGUAUACGGGGGAAACUAUGGGCAUCACUGGCAGCCUCAGGGAACAAGCCUGACACACAACGACUCACACCUUCACACUGCCAUGAACUUCAAACCUCCAACAGAUGUGGCAGACAGAAAACCUCCCAGUCCUCUGAUUAAACAGCAUCAUCAUCAUCACGAGGCCCUGAGCUGCGUCCACAGCCUGGCUUUACCCACCUCAGCCUCGUAAACACAGACACAAAGCCCACACGCUGCAAAUACACACAUCUGCUGUUGUCUGAAUUUAAAUAGCAAGUAAAAACAUGCCGCAAAUGUUCAGUGAAAUUCAUGAGUGCAGGUUAUGACAUUGCUAACAGCCAACGUGCGUAAUCCACUUCACCUGAAUGACAUCAGAGCUCCAUGAUACUGGUCACAUCACUCAUUUAUACUGGUGUUACUGGAAAGAAAAAAAAACAGCCUUAAUUGAUAUUCUGUCAAGCAAGUUCAAAAUAAAUUGUGAAUGUAGAAUGUUCGGGGGAAAUAGCUACCAAAAUGUGUAAUUUGAUCUGUUAUCUAUUUCAGUUUAGCUUAAUGUUUAAAUUUUGAAAUAUUUUUAAGACCCCCCCCCCCCCCAAAAAAAAACAAAACACCAAAGCUAACUGGGUAUUGAUCUCCAGUAUUCAGUUAAAUUAGAUGCUGCUCAUCCAGACAACUGGUGUUGUUUCUAAAUAACUUUGGGAUUGCAAAAGUCAUCAAUGAGGCUGCAGCUAGAACUGAAGUCUCUCUCACUGAUUAUUCAUGAUAUCUUUGUGACAACAAACGUGAUAUUUUAAAGGUGCAGUUUGUCCUGGAUGAUAUUAGGUCACAAUUUCAAACAUUUGGCUCAAACCCCUGAUUUCAGUCUCCAUCAGAGAGAAAUUUCAGGAUAUUGUCAAAAAGUGGGUUAUUAUACCAAUCUAACCGUACUGGUUGAAUAGGAAGGUGGAAAUGGUUAAAAUCGGUAAAUAAUUUAAUUUUCAUAGCUGGAACUGUGGACCACAGGUGAUUUCUGCAAUAUUUGCAGUCAGUUUUAUUUCUUUGGACAUUAUUAUAAAAUUAAAUGUCACUACAAUGUUAAUUAAAAAUGAAUGAUAAACAUUUUUUUAAAAAUACAAUGAAAUUGGUGUUCAUGAAUAUGGUAAAUAUGGUAAAUGUAUGGCAGCCUAUUAUUUGUGAAUAUGGACCAUUUUCUUGAUUUAGAUAAAAAUAUUAUCAUGUAUACAAUUAAACCUAAUUAUACAUACCUUGUGUUAAUAAAUGUCAGCUGAAGAGAGAACUGCAGUGACAAAGAUGAAACUUUUUAUUGUGAUUGCCACAACGAAAUCCGAGUUCUAUUAUUUAUAGUCAAAAUUCAUCUGUGUCUAAUAAAUGCAUGUUCAAAAGAAA